AUGGCACUCUUGGCUUCACGGACAGCAUUGUCGAAGGGUGUGGUGGUAUCGGUGCCUGUUUUGGUUCUAUCAGCAUUAGUGGCUACUGUUCUCCUGUUCUUCCUUUUGUCCUCUCUUUCAUCCUGCUCCUGUCCCAGUACUUCGGACAUCUCUUCUUCCAAUUCUAGGAGUGUUGAUAUAGGUGUUUUCGAGUCUAGCAGUGGUAAUGUUCCAUCAUUGACAAGGAAAGAGUCUAGCAGUGGUAAUGUUCCAUCAUUGACAAGGAAGGAGUCUAGCAGCAGUAAUGAUCCAUUAUCCACUAGAAAGGAGGAUGUUGAGUGGGUGAAGGAUCAAAUCCGAGUAAAUGGGCUUCAUAUGCAUGACAAUGUGCUUCGCAAGGGAAUUAACCCUCGCACCAGGGCUCAGCAACUUGAGGAUCUGAGACAAUUUAAGGGCAUAUCUCACUAUGAGAAACCUGAAUCAGAUAACCACACUGCCUUCCCAUGCCCUGGGGAACUGCUAGUGGAAGAGCACCAUAGCAACUAUGGUGAACCUUGGGCAGGGGGAAGAGAUGUGUUUGAGUUCCUUGCUCAAGCUACUCAACUUAGACCAGAGUCGGUGGUCCUAGAGAUAGGCUGUGGCACUCUUCGAGUUGGUUUGCAUUUCAUUCGAUACUUAAAUCCUGAACACUUCCAUUGUCUUGAAAGAGAUGAGCUCUCUCUGAUGGCAGCACUUAGGUAUGAACUUCCUUCCCAGGGCCUUCUACACAAACGGCCUUUGAUAUUUAAAGGGGAAGACAUGGAUUUUAGCAAGUUUGGUUCUGGCGUAAUGUAUGAUUUGAUUUAUGCUAGUGCUGUAUUCCUUCAUAUGCCUGAUAAACUUGUGUGGACUGGACUGGAAAGAUUAGCAUCUAAAUUGAAACCAUAUGAUGGAAGAAUCUAUGUAUCACAUAAUAUAAAGUUCUGUUCACGGUUGGGAGGAGAGGAAUGCACAAAGAGGCUUGCUAGUUUGGGGCUUGAGUAUCUUGGGAAGCACACUCAUGAUAGUUUGUUAUUCAACCAUUAUGAGAUAUGGUUUGAGUUUAGACGGUCAAAGGCAUAA